AUGAAUUUCACCAACGCCGAGCUUUUGAAAGCCCGUGAAGGGAAAAUGGCCCGCUUUUCCCCGAAGUUCAACACUGAAGGCGACGGGAAGAAACGGGGCGGUGCUGAGAACCAAGCCGAGGGCGCUCAGGCCCCCAAGAGGAGGAGGUUAGUCAAAGGCUCCUCCGCCAGCUCCUCCAACCCCGGCGCUCAACCCACCGCCGCCGCCGUGGCCAAAGGCAAGAAAGCUGCCUCCACCGCCGCUAUUGCAAGCUCCGAGCCUCUAAAUGACGGGACGAGCCAACUCCCUACCGCUGAAGCCACCGCCGCCGCGGCCACUGAGCCUAUCACUGUCACGACCCUCGAUUCUGCUGUCGUUGGUACAGCCACCGGUGCCGCCGCCAAGUCUGCCACUAUAGGCGCCACAACAACAACUGCUGACCAGCCAUCAACUGCCGGCACAAACGCCGAAGCCGCCGCCACAUGCUCCAAUGCUGCCGCCGGGGAGAAAGAAAAGGAAUCAGAAAAAGAAAACCCCAAGUCUCCCCCGCGCCAAGUCACACCUCCUAGCCCGCCUCCCACAAACGAUGAGCAUUCCUUGUCUCCUCCACCUCGCCAAGAAGAAAGACCCUCGCCCGGUGCCGCCACUACUUCCGAGGCAGCCCAAAUUGAGCAAGCUCCUGGUAACAGAGGUGGUUCUUCCAGCCACUUCAACAUGCUACCCAAUGCUAUUGAGCCCUCAGAGUUCUUGCUCACUGGCCUCAACCGCGACGCCAUAGAAAAAGAAGAGUUGAGCCGAGGCAUCAAAGAGACCAAGGAGGAAACCCUUGCCUGUCUUCUACGCGCUGGGUGCAUCUUCGCCCACGCGUUUGACAAAUUCAACUCCACAGCCGUUGAAGCUGAACGGUUGAAAGCUGAGAGUGCUCAGCAUCAAGAAGCCAUCAGCGAGCUGGAAGACCACCUGAAGCUGAUGAAGGAGGAAGCGGACGACCUUGAUUCAAGCCUCCAAGCUUGUAGAAAAGAAAAAGAUCAAGUAAAGAAGGACUUGGUCGCCAAAGGCAAGGCGCUGGCUGCCAAGGAGUCAGAGCUUGAAACAUUGAGCGCUGAACUGGAGUUAGCAAAAAAGACGCUGGCGGAGCAGGAGAAAAAGUCUGCUGAGUCUUUGGCUUUGGUGAAGGCAGAUCUGGAGGCGAUGCGGGCUACUUCCGAAGAGAUCAAGAAGGCGAACGAGGCUCAUGGGGCAACCCUCGUCGCAAAAGAUGCUGAGAUUACUUCCCAUCUUGCAAGGAUCAAAAAGCUAGAGGGCGAGCUAUCAGUGGAGAAAGCCAAAGCCACUGAGGCGAGGGAACAAGCCGCCGACAUUGCCUAUGACAGCCGCGAACGGGGCUUCUACCUCGCCAAGGACCAGGCUCAACACUUGUUCCCGAAUCUUGAUUUUAGCGCCAUGGGAGUGAUGAAAGAAAUCACUGCUGAAGGAUUGGUUGAUUGGAUGGAUAUUGAGUUAAUUGAUCCAUUUGACAUCCUUACUUAUAAUGUAUCUAAGACUAGUUUUAUACCUUUUAUUCGCAUCUUGAACUACUAA